AUGGACCAACCGUCGCCAUCCCUGGCGCCGCCCGCCGUGUCCUCGCUCCGGGCACAGCAGGCCACUCCGAUGGAGCGCUCCAUAAGCCAGGACAUCCGAGAGGAGCGCGAGGAGCUCCGAGAGGCUGCCGAGCAGACCCUCAACGCCAUUGUCGAUCUCAACCUCGACGGCACCAUCAAAUGGGUCAGCCCGUCGUGGACCGACGUUGUCGGCACGCCGUUUGAGACAGUCAACGGCAUCCCCAUCUCCGACCUUAUUGUCAGCGAGAACAAGACUGCCUUUUCGGAUGUCGUUGAUUCAAUGAAGCGAGAUGACUCCAAGAGCUACCGAAUUAGCUUUGCCAUCCAACUGGGUCCCCUGUCCAAGCUUCAAACGCUCGAUGGCACCAACGAGCACGAGGAAGGGCCUGAGCCCAGGCCGCAGACCGCAGACCUUGAGGCCCAGGGUAUCAUGGUUUACGACAGCGUGUCUGGCGGCGAGAGCCAUACGAUGUGGAUGCUUCGGCCAUGGUCCGGCCCUCACGAAAUCAAAAUCGACCUGCCAGAUGUCAUCGUCGACUCCCUCGGGUCCGGAGCCGAGGUCCUCGCCAGCUACCUCACGCGGCUUGCUGAAGCCGUUGGCGAUGACGCCGAAACGAUCGAACCACCGGCACCCGUUCUCUGCCGUAUAUGCGAGCGUCAAAUACCUCCCUGGUGGUUCGAGAAGCAUACCGACCUGUGCCUUCAAGAGCACCGAGCCGAGUUGGAUGUUCAGUUGGCCCAGGAGAACCUCGCCGAGCAUCGCCAUGCCAUCGUCAAGGUCCUCGACGACCUCGAGGCACGCAAGAGCCGCUCCAUCUCCGGAGAGGCAACCACGGGGCCUAUGGCGGAAUACAAGGGAAUAUCCAUCGGACCGCCGCCGUCGACGCAAUCAUCGCCCGGCACAUCCCUGGCCCGCUCCCGAGAUCGAACCACCAUUGAAAUCAGCAGCCCCGCGAUCAAAGAAAGCUCGCAGCAAGACAAUGGGGAGAUCAGGACUCAAUCGCCGCAAUCCGAAUCGAGAAUCUCCCAAGUCCUGCAAUGGCAUUCGCCGAGCACAAACACCCUUGAGCAGGAGCAAGGCCUCGCCCUGCUCUGUGCGGACACCGAGAAGGUGGCUCGGGCCAAGGUCGAUGCCGUCUUCCGCCACCGAAGGAUCAUUGAAUACGCAGAGCGCAUCCGCGUCGAGUUGGCAGUUAUGGUGCAGGACUGCGUUGACACGGCAAUGCGGAAGGCGGCGCGACUUGCUGCCGGCCGUCUCAGUGAUUCUACCGAGGAUGAGGAGGAGCAGGGCGAUGAUGAGCUCCAACGCGAGGACAGCGAGGGGACUCAAGGCGGAGUCGAGGACGACAUGCUCGAGGAGCCGCCAACGCAAGAGCUGUUAGCCCCCGUUUCGACGGAUGAGGAGCCUCGUGGCCGUGCCGGAGAUGAUCUCCCGAAGCGAAACGUCAACAGUCCCUCCGCUCUGGCAACCGCCCUGCGGCAAAUGGACCUUUCUGGAGGCUCCAGCAGGUCUAGAUCUCGACCGACGUCGUUUAUUGCCUCCACAAGGUCAAGCAGCCCCAAGGAGUGUCCCACCCCACGCUCCCAUGCUGAGGGCACACUGGGGAGUAACCUCCAGUCUCGAGACACUCGGCGGAACUCGUCUCUAUUUCAAGAAGCUGAGCUUGGCGACAACGAGGGCAGCCUGAGGUCGUCUUCCGUUGCUUCACGCCAUGCGCCGAGGACGGAGUCACCCAUUUCAGAAUUUGGAGACCUCAGGCGGGCUGCUAGUGCGAGGCAACACCAUCGACGCAGCCUGGUCAUGCCCGGAGCAACCUCGCCGCGCCGCCAAGAAUCGCCGUCGCGCCACACGCAACCCUCGUCUCCGCUGCGAAUCAAGCCUAGAGUCCUCCCGUUUACGCACGAAGGGAUGACGUCCCCCGAGGCUUCGCCCAUGUUUCCGAGCAGCGAAUUCAGUUCACCAGUCUCGCACCCGACCCGACACCACAGAAGGCAGAGCUCGGCGGCGAUAUCCGAUUUUGUCAUAAGAGCACCGCCGUCCCCGAGACUAAGUGCGACGCAGCUUCCUCCGCAGCAGCCACGACCUGCGCAGCCGUCCAUCAAGGACUUUGAGAUUAUCAAGCCGAUCAGCAAGGGCGCAUUCGGCAGCGUGUACCUUUCGAAGAAGAAAUCGACGGGCGAAUACUUUGCCAUCAAGGUCUUGAAGAAGGCUGACAUGGUGGCCAAGAACCAAGUCGGUAAUGUCAAAGCAGAGCGCGCAAUCAUGAUGUGGCAAGGGCAAAGCGACUUCGUGGCCAAGCUCUACUGGACCUUUUCCAGUAAGGACUAUCUUUACCUCGUUAUGGAGUACCUCAAUGGUGGCGACUGCGCUUCGCUCAUCAAAGUACUCGGCGGCCUGCCUGAGGAUUGGGUGAAGAAGUACCUCGGCGAAGUCGUGUUGGGUGUUGAGCACCUUCACGAGCGGGAUAUCAUCCACCGUGAUCUCAAACCCGACAACUUGCUCAUCGACCAAAAAGGCCACCUCAAACUGACCGACUUUGGUCUCUCUCGAAUGGGUUUGGUAGGGCGCCAGAAACGUGCCCUUAACAGCGAUGCAGCGGAAACGACUCCAGACCUUCUCAAGCAGGGACCUUUCGCCCGGUCAACCUCCAUGGCCUCGUCGAGGUCGACAUCCCUUGAUCUUCAUGGUCAUCUUCAGUCCCCGAGCAUGACUCCUCAGAUGACGCCUGACGUGGGCGGCGCCGGCCAGCCAUCCUAUUUCAGCCUGUCUGCGCUUCAGCAAGAGCCGCGUCGUGUAUCAAGCAGUCAUCGCAGCGAUAGUGGUGGAAGCGAGGUCAUGACACACAUGCUCUCAUCAUUUUCUUUGAACGACUCUGACCCUGGCUCCCAGCCAUCGAGCGCCAGGCUGGGUAUGGAUGAGGAUGCGAUGACGCACGGCUCCCCGGACCUUGCACCGAGUCACCACAAUAACAGGAUGAGCAUAGACAGCCACGCUCGCAACUCGCUCCCCGCAUCCAACAUGAUGCCGCCCGCGAUGGCGCUGUUCGAUCCGCAGGACACGACCCGCCGCUUUGUGGGCACUCCCGACUAUCUGGCCCCAGAAACCAUCAAGGGAGACAAGCAAGACGAGACCAGCGAUUGGUGGUCGGUGGGAUGCAUCAUGUUCGAGUUUCUCUACGGCAUCCCACCGUUCCACGCUUCGGAGGCGGAGCGGGUGUUUGAGAAUAUACUGGCACGGAAGAUCCAGUGGCCGGACCCGGACGCAUGCGAGCCCAUAUCUGACGAAGCCAAGGAUCUCAUCAACAGGCUUCUUUGCAUGGACCCCACACAGCGACUCGGCGCCAACAGAGAAGAAAAGUAUGCUUCGGGCGGAGAGGAGAUCCGCAAUCACCCUUGGUUCCAAGGGAUCAGUUGGGACACGCUUGUUGAAGAUGAUGCGCAGUUCGUGCCCCAGCCGGAGAACCCGGAAGACACCGAGUACUUUGACGCACGAGGUGCUGUCCUGCAGUCCUUCGCCGAGGAAAUGGAAGACCAGACGUCUCCGCAAUCCUCCGGCACCGCCGCGUCGGAAUAUCCGGAUAGGCCUCACGAUGCCCUCUCACGAGUGCGGUCCCAGGUCAACUCGGCUGGACGCAAACUGAUGCCGCUCCAUAUCCCGCCGCAUGUGCGAGACUUGAAACCGAGACGGCUCAGCGAGCCCCCAGCCACAGACGACUUUGGCUCGUUCAACUUCAAGAAUCUGCCCGUCUUGGAAAAGGCCAACAAAGAUGUCAUCCAAAAGUUGAGGGCAGACGCGCUGGCCUCGCAAAACAAGCCCCCGUCCGUUAGCCCCGGGUCCGGCACCAACAUCACGUCGCCGUCGCCAUCCCUCGACGCCAGCCCCGUACUAUCUAGCCAUCUGCACAGGACCAUCUCCAAUGCAAAGGCGGGCAACCGGCCACAGUCGCCAUCCGGCUUCAGCCACUCCAACUCGUCGCCAAGCAGAGCGUCACAGCCUUCGUCGCCCUUGCUGGUUUCAUUCGUCGCCGGGCAGGGAGCAGAAGGGCGGAGGAAGGCCUCCAGUAACUCCUCUAGCCUGUCUCAUCAGUCGAGCUCCUUGCAACCCCCCGCGCCUUUCGACAUCCCCAAGGUCCCCCCGAGCCUGCAGAAGGCGGCGACGACAGUCUCUGCCUCGCCUGUCAAGGGGCGCCCCCAGGCGCCUGCACCUCUGGCCCUGUCGCCCCAGAAGAUGGUCGCGACGCCACGACACGGAAGUGGCUCGUCGGUAAGCCGCUCGAGGUCGUUGACUGUCGGUUCGCAAGAAGCCAGCCCAAUAGCGUCCGACGUGUUGCAGCAUCACCGCAAUCGCAGGAGCCAAGUCUUCGACAUGUCGCCGUCCUCUUCUGACAACGAGGGAGACAAACACAACGCCCUGUUGCGUGUCCAGCGUCGCAGGCAAAGCUCGAGACGUCUGUCGCAAAUCGCGUUUGAUGACGGGCCAACGUUCCGACCUCUGGACGUCCUCAUUUGCGAGGACCACCCCGUGUCCAGGAUGGUCAUGGAGAAGCUGCUGGAGAAGCUCCGGUGCCGCACGAUCUCAGUUGCGAAUGGCUCCGAGGCAGUGCGUUAUUCUCUGAGCGAGAUACAGUUCGAUGUCAUCUUCUUGGAGUACAAGCUGCCGCAGAUCAACGGCACCGAUGUGGCCCGCAUGAUUCGCGAGACGAAGAACACCAACUCGCACACGCCCAUCGUGGCGAUCACGGCAUAUCUGAAGGAGCUCCAGGCGCCCCACUACUUUGACUCCCUGAUCGAGAAGCCCAUCAGCUCGUCCAAGCUGACAGAGGUGCUCCGUGCCCUCUGCCAAUGGAGACCGGACUCGCCGCAGCGGGCUGCGUCGGGCCCCCUGCCACAUCCCAUCCCAAUCGGGUUGAAAAAGCUUCAUUCGCGGGUUGAUGAGAGCCCGACGUCAAGCAUCUCGGCCUUUGCCGGCCGGCAAAGCUCUGCAAUGGCCUCCAGCCGAGAGGACUCGAUCACCUCUAGCCUCUUUGGAGACUCUGAAUCAGUCACCACAGACGAUAUCCCAGUGGUCAUCAGUCGCAAGGGGACGAACGACUGGGACGAGGGCGGACUGGGCAUCAAUGAACAGGACAUUCUGGCCGGCAUGGAACCUCCCCCCAAGGGCGUUCCUUCGCUCCUCGCGCAGCACUCGGCACCGGGCCAGAUGGAGCAUUUCCUCCGCCCGCACGACAAGAUGAGGCAGAAGCGGGAGAGCCUCGACAGGGCGGCAGCCGAGGGGACGGAGUCGGCUGACGACGAGGACGAGGAUGCCGGAACGGCGCGGGACAAGCACGGACGCCGGAGUAGCAAGCCGAGUCAGGGGAAGCCUGCGCUACCGAGUUCCAAGCUCGCGAUUGAGAUGAUGCGCGCGGAUAGCCACGACAGCGUGACCUUUGGGUCUGAAAGCACCCCGGAGGCGGUGACGCAGGUGGCGACGACGCCAGCGCAAGAGAUGGACGCGCCGCUGCUGGAGCCGCGGGACGAAAAGGUGACCCGCACGCCUCCGGAAGCAAAGCUGGAGCCUGGCGACGAGUCGAAGCCAGGAGACGCAGAGUUGCCGGGCAGCGUGGACGCAACGCCGCGGCCCACUCCUCUGAACAGGCUUCCGGGCUCGACUGAGGACGAACCGACGCCCAGACCCGUCGGCAAACAAAGCGGAUAG